AUGGGACGGGUCAUGAACAUCAAUUACUCCCUUUGCCGGACCACGGGGGACAGGGCAUAUCUCCUGCCCAAUGACAUAUUCACCAUCCCAGAGAAGUCCACCAUGGUGGAGAUCCACUCCGAGAUCAUCAAGAGCUGGGCGGAGCAUGCUGGCUCCACGGCAUUAUCCAUAAACUUGGACGUAAAAAACCUUCCUGUGGUUCAGGGUGAUGAAUUUGCUGGACAGUGUGAAAGCAGUUUCCUGUCAGAGACGCUAGUGCUGGACUAUGGUACAUACGUCCUCACCUCAGUCGAUGCUGGUGCAAGUCUGAUGAAAGAAGACUACAUCCGCAAAUCCUUUGUGGACAAAAGCGAUGAACGGUCAAUAACUGUGUCUGCCAGCACCUCUUUCUUUAAGGUGGUGGAAUUUGGACUGGAUUUCAAGAGUACCAACAAACUGAAGAAUGCCUAUGAUGACAACACAACAUAUUCCCUGAUGCUCACCCAGGGAGGGAUACCGUACUACCCUGGAAUCACUUUGAAGAAGUGGCAGGAGAGCAUCAGCAACAACCUUGUGGCCCAGGACCGUUCCGGACUCCCACUUCCAUUCUUCCUAAACAGGCACACACUCCCUGACAUGCCAGACCCCACUCUGCUGAAGCUGGCCAAUGCAGUGUCCCAAGCCAUCCUGCGCUACUAUACAAUCAACACUCACCCUGGGUGCACCAAACCCGGCUCCACAAACUACAACUACCAGGCCAACGUAGACGACGAGUCCUGCGAGGGCCUGACGGAAAAUCUGAACCUUGGGGGGGUGUUCCAGCAGUGUACCCCCCUCACCCCUGACCGGGAGACCCAGCAGAUGUGUCAGACCUUAAUCCAGAACAACCCUCAGGCAGGAGCUAUGAAGUGCAAUCCGCCUUACAAGCAGACCCGGCUGCGGACAGAGGUAAAGGAGGAGGGACAGACCCAGGUUCAGUGCAGGCGCGAGUGCCGCCGGUGUAGGAUCUUUUUCAGGUGCUGCAAAAAUGUGUGCGGCAACGUGUACCGCGUGCAACGUGCCAGGGUGGAGACGUUCUGGUGCACCAGCAACAGCACCUCUGUCCUGCGCACCCCGGGGUUCCUCUUCGGGGGGCUCUACGGUCCAGAGUUGGUGAACGCCCUCACCAAAUCUAAGCGAUGUCCCUUGGGGUUCAUCCCCUACACCCUGCUGUCUGACGGGCUGAAGAUCUGCCUGAGCAGCAGCUACGAAGUAGCGGCGCGCUUCGCCGUGCCCUUCGGGGGCCUGUUCAGCUGUGAGGCGGGAAACCCCAUGGCGGGAGGGCUCUCCCGCUGCCCGGCGGGGUUCACGCAGCACUCGGCCGGCGUCAGCGACGGGUGCGAGCUGCUCUUCUGCGUCCGCUCCGGAACCUUCUCCCAGGGGGAGCUGCCACAAAUCCAGCUGCCGCCGUUCACCCGCCGACCGCUGCUGAGACAGAAUGCCAACGAAAGGGUCACGGUCGUGAGCGAGCAAGGUCGCGCCUGGGUGAGGCAGGCGGGCUCGCAGCAGUGGACAAGGGCGUCUGCAGAGGAAGCCCAGCUCAUUGAGGAGGACACCUCCUCUGGGGCGCCCGUGGAAAGGGGCACCCCUGCAUUGCUGCUGGCCAUCCUUCUGUCUGCACUUGAGGCCAUUUUGUAG